ACGUGACCGACCGCGGCCGGCCGCGGGACCCAAUAAUCCCCUGCUUCCGGCCACUGGAAGCCCCCGAGCGGCCCCUCAGGGAAGGGAACCGUGAAGGGUUAAGAAAUUGCCCCGCGGGAAGCCGGGAGGAGUGAGGCGAUUUUGCUAUCCCGCCCCUCUCCCAUCACGUGAUCACGCGGGUGGAAAAAGGGAACCUGAGGCACAGGCGACGCACAGAACAGGAGCCAAUGACGCUGCCAAAACCUGGGAUCUAUUACCUUCCUUGGGAGGUCAGUGCUGGCCAAGUUCCAGACGGGGGCACACUGAGAACAUUCGGCAGGUUGUGCCUCUACGAUGUGGCCCAGUCCAGAGCGAAGCUGACGGCCCAGCAUGGAUCCGAUCAGCACGAGCUUCUGCUCUGUACCAAGUUGGUGGAGCCGUUCCAAGCCCAGGAGGGCUCCCUGUACGUUGUGCUGGGGGAGCUCGAGCCCCAGGAAGAUGGAGGCCCCGUGGUGAAGGCCCGAGUCCUGACCUGUGUGGAAGGGAUGAAUCUGCCGCUGUUGGAGCAAGCCAUCCAGGAGCAGAGGCGGUACCAGCAGGAGAGGGGCAGCGGCCCACGGGAAAUGGCAGCCCCUGACAACACCCCCGACGGCUGCUCCUGAGGCCAAACCCACUGGAGCCCUGGGAGCUGCACAGAGGUGUAGGCGCUUCCUGAGUAACAGCCUUUGUCUGGAGCCAGAGUAGAGGGCCCGGUGGAUAAUCCAGCCCCUUCCCCUAAUUUGGAAUUGUCCCAGAAAUGAGAACCCAGAAAGCAGGCCCCUGAACCUGAUGCCCCCACCCCCAGGAGACUGCAGGUGGCUGAGUUCCAGGCACUGGGGCUGUGCCUUGCGUGGGGUCAUGGAGGGUUCCAGAAGGUCGUCGUGAAUAAAGGCCCAGUGGGCGUGACUUUGCAUUGUGUGCACGUGGUGCAGCGCCGGCCGGGGCCAGGAGGGGGAGCCGUGGAGCAGGCA